CAGCAGGAGCCCUGACAUUAGUGUUGCUCUCUGGCUGCCUGCUGUCUCCAACCAUGGCUGCACAGCUGGUCGUAGCUCUGCUGGCUUUCACCUCCCUGAGCGUCGCCUCUGAGCCGGACUGUAAAGAACUCGUUAAACCUCUGCUGCUGGACAGCCACAGCCCUAUCUAUGGGAAGUGGGUGCUGCACGUCGGCUCGUGGGACAAGCCCGGCCUUAAGAGCGACCUGCUGUCGGUGAACAGCUCCUGGGUUGAACUGUCACCAUCCUCAGACAGCGGGGUCAUCACCAUCUACUGGGCCGACCGCCUCAAAGACGAUAAGUGCCUUCACGGUCCUGCAAACGCCACCAUUUCAGGAACAACCAGCCACACCACGUUUAUCAUCAAUGGCCACACUUCCUAUCAUGAUGGGAAGUAUUAUGAGACGUGCAGCGACUGUCUCCUGUCUGAGGACACCACUCUCCUCCCAGAUGGCAAGUCAAAAGGACGAUACCUGUUCCUCUUCACACGGACCGGUUCUUUGGAGCCUUCCGAGUUGGACACCUUCAAAAAACAGGCUGAAUGUCUCAAAUUCCUCCCAGAGUACCACUUUGGAAGCACACAUCUGUGUCCAGACGGGAGGGAAUCAUCGGCUGCCAGGAGCGCAGAGGAUGAUGGAACUGAAAGUGCAGAGAGCAAAGAAGCUCAGUAAAAAGUCUCCAUGGCUCUGCAUGCGUUCAGCUUUUAACAUGCACUAAACUGUGCUGCAGAAUAACGUUUUCUUUCUCCUUCACAUUCAUGGAGCAGGAGCUCAAACCUCUGUGGUUGUCACGUCAUUAAUUCAUCUUGUAGUUUAAUUUGCAGAGUUAAACCUGAGAUGUAAUUGCUGAAAAAGUCCAUGUCUUAUUAAAACCAGUUGCUGUUUUUCCACUUCAUGUGUGGUAAAUAAAGUUUAAUCC